CAUUCUUGAUCUCCCUUUUACUGUCUUCAAGGUUCAUUACUUCCUUUCUCCCCCCUUCCCUGACCUUCGUUGCUCAUCCCGUCAAUAAACUCUUCUUCCUUUUAAUCCCCUCCCCAUCUUCAAUCAUUUCUUCUCAACUCCUGUUACCUCUUUCUCUAUCAGUCAUAGUUUCUAAUAAUGAAAAUUAGUUUUCUUCUCAGCCUCGCUGCUGCUACAUCCAUUGUCUCUGCUGGCAAGUUUAAUCCUAGCCAAAUCCGUCCUAAUGUUGACGAGAUCCCUGGUGCCUUCAUCAUCGAGUUUGAAGAUGGUGUUGAUCAGGUGAAGGCCAACACCUUCUUGACCAGCCAUAAGGAUCUAGACUUCAAAUUCCGUGGCCAGUACAAUCUUUUCAAUGGAGCCUCGAUCCAGGUCAAGUCUGGCCAUACCGGCGAGGACAUUGCCAAGAUUCCAGGUGUCAAGCGUGUCUGGCCAGUUGAGCGUUACCAACUUCCUAAGCCCGAUCUCUCGAAUGAAGAUAAGGCCCAGCCCCAUUUGACCUCUGCACACAAGAUGACAGGCGUGGAUUAUGUCCAAAAGGCCUUCAAGUACACUGGAAAAGGCAUCAAGGUCGGUGUCAUCGACUCUGGAGUUGACUACAAACACCCUGCUCUCGGUGGUUGCUUCGGCAAGGGCUGCCGUGUCCGUUAUGGCUGGGAUUUUGUCGGUGAAGAUUAUGACAAGGAAUAUAUCCCUACCCCAGACGCUGAUCCCAGAGAUACCUGCAAUGGCCACGGUACUCAUGUUGCUGGUAUCAUUGGCGCUGACGCUCGCAAGGUCGGUGCUCCUCAGCCCUUCGUCGGUGUCGCUCCUGAAGUCACCUUUGGUGCCUACAGAAUCUUCUCAUGCGCCGGUUCUGGCAGUUCUGAUAUCAUCAUGCUGGCCAUGGAACUCGCUUUCAACCAAGGUAUGAACAUUAUCAACAUGUCUCUCGGCUCUGGCUCCGCCUUCAGGUCCACUCCCAUCGCUGUCCUUGCUGAUAGGUUGACCGCUUCUGGCUUGACUGUGGUCGCUUCUGCCGGUAACAAUGGCGACGAUGGUGUCUGGAUGGUUGGAAACUCUGGCUUAGGUGCUCUCUCAACCUCAGUUGCCUCGUACGACAAUAUUGCUGGUUCCUACUACUAUUUCUCAUACGCCGGAGUUGAGCAUCCCUAUGCUGUCUCCCAAGCCUGGAAUAAGAUCAUCAACCUCCCUGCCAGCGCUACUCUUGUUCCUGUUUUUGAGAAAGACGGUGCCCUCUCCGAUGGAUGCUUACCCACCUCAUACGCUGGCCAGAACAUCUCCGGCAAGGUUGUACUUGUCCAUGGUGAUACCACGCGUUGCAAGUCUGGUGGCCGUGGCGCUGCUGCCAAGGCUGCUGGUGCAGCCGGUAUGUUAGUCCAGAGCGUUCCUUUGGGUCUUAGUAACCUUGGGGGCAACCCUGAUUUCCCCAUGGCUUCUAUUGAGUUUGGUGCUGCUGAAGAUAUACUUGCUGCCUACAAGAAGGACUCUGCUAGUACUCUCAAAUGGUUUUCUGGCAAGAAGUCGUUCAGAGUUGAGGGUGGCGGUCAUCCUUCAGAUUUUUCAUCUUGGGGAUUUGAUGGUGAUCUCCACAUAAAGCCAGAUAUUGCUGGACCUGGUGGAAACAUCCUCUCAACCUACCCCCUUGACUUGGGAAGCUAUGCUAUUGAAUCCGGUACCUCAAUGUCAGCCCCAUAUGUCGCCGGUGCUCAUGCUCUUCUCUACAGCGCCCACAAGAAGGUUCUUCGGGGCCAAGAUGCUCGAAAAAUCUUGAUGAACACUGCUGUUCCUGGUAGUUUCUUCAACCACAGUGUUCUGGCACCAGUGGCCAAGCAAGGAAGUGGUCUUGUCAAUGUCAAGAACGCUGUUUCUGUUCAGACCAUUUUCUCCCCAGAUAGGAUUGAGCUCUUGGAUUCUGUCCAUUUUACCGGCAAGAGUGUUGAUGUUCGUAUCAAGAAUGUUGGCAAGCGCACUAUCGUCUACCACCUCAGCCAUGAAGUUGCAGAGUCUGCUGUUUCUUACCGUGGUGGCAAUUCCUUCCCAUUACCCGAUCCCAUCCUGGAGAACCACAAGGCUACUGUCAAAUUCUCGCAGGCCAAGGUUUCCGUCCGUGCUGGCCAGACUGCCAAGAUCAAGGUCCAGUUCAAGGAGCCUUCGACUGGCAAGGCAAAUGAAUUCCCCUUCUACUCUGGUUAUAUCGUUGCUACUCCUCAAGGCAAGGACGCUAUCCCCGUUCGUAUCCCAUAUGCUGGUGUGAAGGGUGAUGUUGCUAAGGUCCCUAUGCUUGACACCGACUUUGGUCUCCCUGCUUUCUUUGUCGCCGACAAGGAGUCUGGUAAGAUCAGCGAUAUUGAGAAGGGUCACAAGUUGGACUUCUCUGUUGAACAGCCAAUCAUUGCCACUCGUCUCGGAAGCCACACCCCGGAGCUCUCCCUUCGCUUGUUCAACAGCAAGAACAAGUUCGUCGGCUAUUUAAACACUCAGUUUGGACCCGUUGCCUCUCCUUUUGGUCGUGACAAGAAUAUUGAUUCCGAUACGAACAAGCCCACCAUCCGUACCUUCAGCUGGUUGGAUGGUAAGGUCUUUGCAAGCCUCAAUGCCACCUCUGCCAUUUCUGUCCCCUCUGGCAGCUACAAGGUCGUCGUUGCUGCUCAGCGCAAGCUUAGCAAGGGCAAUUACCCUAAAGACUUUGAGGUGUACGAGGUUGCUGAUAUCAAGGUUUAA